GGAUGCAUGCAUGCUCUGGGUGGCGUCCUGGAGGAGCACGAGACUCGCCGGAUCGAGCGAGAACUUGGGCGGGUGAGAGAAGUAGCCUUGAUUUCGGCUUUGCCCUUCUUGACUCGUCGACUUCUUUAGUUACAUCUCUAUGCCCUGGCGAGCUCAACGUAACAAUUUUUCGAAUUAGUGCCAUCAAACAGAGGACGACCUACUCACACUCUCUCUCUCUCUCUCACACACACAUACACAGAGAAAGACAGACUCACUCACUCACACUCACACACAAAGAGAAACGAAAUAAAUGUAUUUGGCAAAAUAUCUUGAAAGCUCAUCCUCAUUACUGGUCUAAAAAGGAUGUUCGAGCCAGAUUUCUAUCACCAUUCCAUGCCUGAGACCAGCUAUGCAAUGCACAAGCAGCCCAGUAAACCUGGGAAGGAGCAACGAAUCCGCAGACCCAUGAAUGCCUUCAUGGUUUGGGCCAGAAAUGAGCGGAAGAGGUUGGCGGAUGAGAAUCCCGAUCUUCAUAAUGCCGACUUAUCCCGGAUGCUAGGCAAGAAGUGGAAAGGUUUGACCCCUAGUGAACGCUCUCCAUACGUACAAGAAGCUGAAUAUCUGCGGUUAAAGCACAUGCAAGAUCAUCCCAAUUACAAGUAUCGACCCCGACGCAAGAAGAAGGAUAAAGCCAGUCCGGGAUUACGCGGGGUGCGCAAAUCUUCGCAAUUGGUGGACACGCCCGAUCCCUCCCCACAAGAUAACCCAGUUCAAUUCCAGCAUCACUUGAGUACUACACGACAUCAACAACACCAACAACAGCACCAACAGCAUCAUCUUAAUCAUCACCUCCAACACCAACAGCAACAGCAACAACAACAAAUACAACAACAGCAUCACCAUCUUCAGCAGCAACAACAACAACCGCAUCAACAACACGCCCAGCAGCCGUCUUUCAAUGCCACCUCUACAUCGGUGUCUCAGAUGCUCCUCCCUACCCCCGACAACUCACCCAACACGAUGGUAACCGGGGGUGUGCCUACCUACGAGGGACUGGAAUUUCCAGGUGCCCAAGCCAACCAUUUCAGGGGGGAAAACGCCUAUGGAGCUCCAGGCGGAGCCACCGGAGCCGCUGUACCCGGAGUAGCAGCAGGUACGGGAGGCUCGUAUGACCAAACACCCCCACCACCCCUGGAGAGCUACGGGCAAUACUAUGAAGGCGGAUCCUCGCUGAGCGCCGCCACCGUUCCGCCCACCAGUGCCAAUGAUUAUGACUUUUCGUUUUUUAAUAAUUACAAUAAUAGCCAUUGUUAUUACCAUCUUGAGCGCAGUAGCAGUUCUGCUGCAGCUGCGGCCUCUACCAUGUCCCUCACGCAGCCUUCGUCGCCCUCCUCCUACAUAGAAUAUAGGUGA